AUGGUUCCCAUCGACUUGUUUGACACGUUGUACUUCGAGGAAACGUCAACUGGACGGGUUGAACUAUCCGUUCAGGAAGCGUUGGGCCGGCGGAGCCAACAGGCACGUGGCGACGUCUUGCCGGAGGGAGCUGACAACCUUGUAGUGCGAGCGCUGCGGCUAUUGCAAGAACGCACCGGCUGCGGUCGAGGGCUAAGUGUACGGCUGACAAAGCGGAUUCCACUGGCGGCAGGUCUUGCCGGAGGAUCAAGCGAUGCGGCCGCCGCGCUGCUGGCGGCCAACCGUCUAUGGCGGUUGGACCUCGAUCGGGCAGAACUUUCUUGCGUGGCCGCAGAACUUGGCAGCGACAUCCCGUUCUUUCUGUUUCGCGGCGCCGCGAUUUGUCGUGGACGUGGCGAGAAGAUCGAGCCGGUUGCUCUGCCGGGUGCUUUGCACUUCGUGGUGAUUCGCCCUCCGAACGGACUCUCUACAGCCAAGGUGUUUGGCGCAUGCCGACCCGCGGAUAAAGCCCGAGAAGUCGGGCCAGUAGUCGAGGCAUGGAGUCGAGGUCACAUCGACUCGUUAGGUCGAAGGUUGCACAACCGAUUGCAACCGAUCGCGGCGGGUCUGUGUGAAGAUAUCGGACGAUUGGAGGAGGAGUUUUCCAAACUGGACGUCUUGGGUCACCAAAUGAGCGGUAGCGGCACCAGCUAUUUUGGCUUGUGUCGCAAUGCACGGCACGCGCGGCGGAUCGCCGCACAGCUGAGUUCGAGUACGAUCGUGGAGAUUACCGAAGUCCGAAUCAAGCUCAUGGAAGAUUUGAGCGAACGUCUCCAAGCGUUUUGCUCCAUUACUUUUGACGAUGCAUUUGUUGUUCGUGACUUAAAGAUCAUCGAAGGCUCCAACGGCCCCUUCGUGGCGAUGCCCAGCCGUAAACUCACGGUUCGCUGCCCGAAAUGCGGCUUCAAAAACCACCUCAGGGCAAGUUACUGCAACCAGUGCGGAACCAAGGUGCAGAACGAACACCUGGCCAAAGACACCGACGGCCGGGCCAAGCUGUACGCCGACAUUGCCCACCCCAUCAAUUCUGAAUGCCGGGAGAUGGUGCAGAGCCGCAUUAUCGAGGCGUUCCAAGAAGAAGUCGAACGCUCGAAGCAGCCUGGCUAUCAGUCGAGCUACGACGACCUGGACAACGACUACGAGUACGGCUACGCCGAGGAAGGUCACUCCUCGAACAGCACGCCGCGGCCGCACUUCCCGCAGUCAGGCCCCAAACCUCAGCAGGAAACGCCUGCCAAAGAGGAGUCAGACAAGCCGACAAACCCAGAGCAGAAGAAAUCCAAGGUCGAAUCGGCCGAACCCCCGAAAGGCCCGCACCAACAAACCUCACGCGAGGAAAAGUUGUCGCCCAAGAAAUUGGAGAACGAUGACAAACGCAGCGACGAUCGUGGAGGAUUCGGCGCGGGGAUUCUAGAUUGA